UCUUAUCUCCCACGGGGCCAAGGUUACAGCCAGGCUAUAAAAGAUUGAACUCACUGGGUAUCGAGAUUCAUUCUUACUGCAGCUUGACCGCAGACAAAAUGAAUCUUGCUCAUCUUUUGGUCCCGGCAGCACUUUGUGUCUCCCUCGUAGCCGCUUCUGCUCUUCCUCCCCUGCCUCGCAACCUCUUACAAUUUAGCAACAUGAUCAAGUGCGCCGUCCCCGGAAGCAGACCUCUGUUGGAUUACGCGGAUUACGGUUGCUACUGUGGCCUCGGAGGCAGUGGGACGCCGGUAGACCAGUUGGACAGAUGCUGCCAGACUCACGACGGCUGCUAUUCCCAAGCCAAGAAACACCCUGCCUGUAAAUCUCUCCUGGACAGCCCUUACACCAAGGUUUAUUCAUACACCUGUUCUGGGGGCAACAUCACCUGCAAAGAUAAGAACGACGAAUGUGGCGCUUUUAUUUGUAACUGCGACCGUUCGGCAGCCAUCUGCUUCGCCGGAGCCCCUUACAACGAGGAGUACAAGAAACUGGACACCAGCAAACAUUGCAAGUGACGUUUUUGGAGAC